UCAAGCAUAGAGAAUAAUCCCCGCCUUAGCUAAAAUGAUUGGUGGCGAUUUGCGAUAUUUGCAAGCUCUUUGGAUAACACCGCUGUCAAUUAACAACGUCAUCUUCCCCAGCAGUAACGUCAUCAUCCUGGACCGUGAGGGAUGGCAGCCUCGAGAAAAAUCCAGAGCUUCCGCCUGCCCCCUCUCCCGACCAUCGGAGAGAUCAUUCGGCUGUAUAACCUGCGGGCAGAGAAGCAGCUGUCUCAAAAUUUUCUCCUGGACCUGAGGCUAACGGAUAAAAUUGUGCGGCAGGCAGGCAACCUAAAGGGCGCGCAUGUGUGUGAAGUGGGCCCAGGCCCUGGCGGUCUGACCCGGUCCAUCCUCAAUGCUGGUGUUGCUGACCUGUUGGUGGUGGAGAAAGAUACCCGCUUCAUCCCUGGUUUGCAGCUUUUGUCGGAGGCGGCUCCAGGGAAAGUGAGAAUCAUUCACGGUGACAUUCGUAACUACAGGAUGGACAGGGGCUUUCCCUCCUUCAUUCCGCGGAAAUGGGAGGACGAGCCCCCCAACCUGCACAUCAUCGGGAACUUGCCCUUCAGCGUCUCCACCCCCCUCAUCAUCAAAUGGCUUGAGAACAUCUCCAACAGGAACGGUCCCUUCCAUUUUGGGCGCACCCAGAUGACUCUCACGUUCCAGAAGGAGGUUGCAGAGAGGCUGGCGGCCAGCACGGGCAGCAGUCAGAGGAGCCGGUUGUCUGUGAUGGCUCAGCACCUCUGCAAAGUCAAGAUCUGCUUCACCAUCCCUGGCCGCGCCUUCAACCCCAAACCUCAGGUGGACGUGGGGGUGGUUCACUUCACCCCUCUGACUGAGCCCCAGAUCCAGCAGCCCUUCAAGCUGGUGGAGAAGGUUGUCAGGAACGUCUUCCAGUUCCGGAGAAAGCGCUGCUACAGAGGAAUCGAAAUGCUGUUCCCAGAGGCACGGCGGCUGGAGCUGACGGACGUGAUGCUGAAGACGGCCGACGUGGACCACACCCUCCUCCCCACCCAGCUCUCCAUCUCCCACUUCCGGGCUCUCUCCGAUGCCUACGGCCGAAUUUGCGCCGAGAACCCCGGCCUCGCCACGUACGAGUUCCGGGAGGAGCUGAGGCAGAAACGGCUCCAAAGGGGCAAGGGCACAGGCCUCAACGAUGACGAUGUUGACGACGACGACGACGAGAAGGACCAGCACUGACGAAGGAAGGUUCCGUAAGAGGAGAAACGCAAAUGACUUUCGAAGACAAAAACAAACACGCUCAGCAGGACUGCUCUCGGCUGCGAUAGUAUGAGCAGGCGGAGGUAUGAAUUUUUUAAAAACAAGCCUUUUUUCGCUGAAGCAGUAAGAAAGCCAGGUGAAGCGGGGGUUUUAAAAUGGAGGAUGCGACAUUGUGGUCUGGUCCCCUCAGGAAAACGGAGGACCCACCCUCCUUAAACACAACAGGUGCUGCUUUACUGCGGCACCAGAGCAGCAGCACAGAUUCACUGCGGCAUCCAGAUGGCCAGAUCCAGCAUGCCAGUGUGCUUCCUAACUGCAGGAGGUUCUGGUUGUUAUCUGAAGUUUCCCAGUGCUAUUCCAGUUGCGGUUUAUGAAUAUUCAGGAGGAGGCGUGCCUCAAUGCAGAAGAUUAGCUGACCCUGUAUUGUCCUUGGUCAUACUGGUUCAUGAAUAUGUAUUACUUUUUUCGAGUGUUUUAGCUUCAGCGACGGAGAUACCUUUCCGUGAAAAGACCACAGAGCUGAACAUCUGGUAAAACUGAAUCUUUGGCUCUAGCUUUAAACAUUGCAUCUAACAUUGCUUUUGUAGACAUUAUGGGUGUGUGCCAGAUUUCACUCCUGCCAAACUGUCAGUAAUUAAGGUUCAGUUCAGCUGUUGAUUGAACACAAGAGUGUUUGAUACCUCUUGUUGAUUUCUGUUUAAUGUCCUUGAAGAGAAUAAUUAAGAAGAUGUGUUUGUUUGGAUAGAAAGUUACAUUUAAUGCUAAUAAUUCAAUGUAAUGAAUAAAUAGUUGAAGGUCCUUUUGCAAUGUUUUUUUUGUACACAAAAUGUGACCUACUCCUGACCUGCUUGUCGUAUUUGCCCCAAAAUGUGUUUUAGAAACUAUUCGAAAGAGGAGAAUGUAGGCUGUCUAACGAUACCAAAGUUUAAUUUUGAGUGCCACCAAACCAUAUUUUUGCUUUAAAUUUUCUUGCGAGCGUUAGGUGAGGCUAGGAGACUACUGACACUGGGUCAACGAACCUCUAGGGCUAUAACAUGUCAUCUUAUGGUUAUGUAUAAACACUUUAUAAACACUGAAAGCCCAAGAUACUGUUCUACAAAAUGAAGAUGCCUAAAACUGAAAAAUUAUUUUAUGUGCAAAAGGCCUCAAAAGGCUAUAAGCUCAGCUUCCCGACAGAGUAAUUGCAAAUGUCAAGCAUUGAUCAAAAUUCAACCAAGCUUAAGUGCACUAGGAUUUAGAGACGCAGCUGUGAAGUAAAGGUAAAGGAACAAAUCAGUCUUGUUCUGCCCAUGUCUCAUCCUCCAGUCUCAGAAAUCCCACGACACCCAAGCGCCUUGUGACAAAGGAGAACAUUUCCACCUCAAGCGUUUUCAGGCCAUUUUUCCCAACUAUCUUGCUCUCACUGGAGAAUUAGGCUUUGUGAGAGGGGAAGUCCUUAAAAAAAUGUCAGUGUGGAGAAACGGAUUUGUCAUGGUUAUGUAGGUUUGAUGAUACAAAGCAGUUUCUGCCAUUUAUAAUUUGCUAUAAUUUGUUAUUUAGCUGACGCUUGUCUGCAAAGCGUCUUACAGUUGAUUAGACAUUCCCCCCCCGGAGCAAUGCGGGGUUAAAGGCCUAAAGGGCCCAACAGCUUCUUACCAUGGCUACACUGGGGCUUGAACCACCAACCUUCCGGGUCCCAGUCAUAUACCUUAGUCACAAGGUUACAGGCUACUCCCAUUUUGAGUUGUUUAGAUGCUGUGUAUUUUGUCUUUGACCUUAUUGACAAUAAUAGACUAAUGUUUUUUAUUUUGCAUCUAUUCUGUCUCAUUCUUUGUUUUAUUUUGUGCAUUUGACCCCCUCUGGUUGUUUGUUGCAUGUGUCGCUUUGUACUGUAUAUAGUAUAUCUGAACAUGUAUUUUCACACUUCUAUUGAAAUUGGAGACUGAAUCAUGGCACAGUUUUCUGAAAAAGUGAGAUUAUUUUUUUCAUGAAUUUCAGUAUUAAUGAUCAGUUAUCUUGCCAAAUUA